UCACGGCCCAGAAUGCGAUUGCAGCAGGAAGUGACGCCAAGACUUCCACGGUGGCUCCUCUUCUUACGUGGCAACGCGUCAAGCGACCGCGAGACACUGAGCACAAAGAGACAGAAUAUUAAUUAAAAUACAUUAUUACAUUUUCUUUAUUGUUUCGCCUGUUGAUAGGGUUUAAGUUCUUCUUUUAAAUCAUCAUGGGUCUGACCAUCUCAUCCCUUUUCGGGAGACUUUUCGGCAAGAAACAGAUGAGGAUACUGAUGGUGGGUUUGGACGCUGCAGGUAAAACCACAAUACUUUACAAGCUAAAGCUGGGAGAAAUUGUCACCACCAUCCCUACUAUAGGUUUUAAUGUAGAAACUGUUGAAUACAAGAACAUCUGCUUCACCGUGUGGGAUGUCGGCGGUCAGGACAAGAUUCGUCCUCUCUGGAGACACUAUUUUCAGAACACACAGGGUCUGAUCUUUGUGGUGGACAGCAAUGACAGAGAAAGAGUUGCAGAAUCUGCAGAGGAGCUUUCUAAAAUGUUGCAGGAAGAUGAACUGAGGGACGCUGUGCUGCUGGUUUUCGCAAACAAACAGGAUCUGCCCAACGCCAUGGCUGUCAGUGAACUCACAGACAAACUUGGGUUGCAGAGUCUACGCAGCAGAACGUGGUACGUUCAAGCGACCUGCGCUACACAAGGCACUGGACUCUAUGAAGGACUGGACUGGUUAUCAAAUGAGCUCUCCAAACGCUGAUAGUGAACUUUAGAAAGACGGAGGGUGUCAGUUGAUAGACUCUGUCCUGAAGAACUUGUGUGAGUGUGUGCGCGUACGAGUGUGUGGAGGAGCUAUCAAGUGUUCAGCAUCAUGUCUAAUCUAUCUUAUCUGUCUUUUUCUAUGCUGUAUUCCUACUAAUGUUCUUUUAAUUUUUUUUCCUUACAAAUCUGAUUGUUUUUCAUGACUGUAAAAUAAUGCUUAAAUUGCACGUUUACUUGAUAACUGUGAGAGCAUUAUGGCACAACUGAGAGGAAGUUUAGGAGGAAUUCCAUGUUGAGGCAUCUCUCUCACACACAAGUUUGGAGUAGUUGUAGCUUAAGAGCAAGCAAAUGUCAGGAAGUCUUUGUGCAUUGACGCUCACUCCAAGAUCCCUGUUGCAGUGCUGCCUAACCUGACUUGCGAGUCGCAGGACUCGCCGCUCCAUGAACAUUCCAUUUCAUGGCAGUUAAUUUUAUUCCGGGGGUUGUUUUGUAAAGCUACACAUUAACUUUUGUUGCAAAAGCCUCCUAAGUCUUGUUUCAGGGACUUCGCCACCAACAGAUUCUUUGAGAUGUUUGGAACAAAAUGGUACAUGAAGUAUUGACAGCAAUAUGGAGUCAUCCAUGAUUGAUUAGCCCAAUGAUCUCUAACCGCCUUUGAUGUAAAAUACCUCCAUUGAACAAUAUGUAGGUAAAUGUUUUAGUUGAAAGCAUUUGAACAGAUCAUAGUACCUUGCUUGAUUUUUCUGAGGUGGGAUGGACAUGGUGGAUUGGACAGGGAUGAACUGUUUCUUCCAUCUGCUCCAUGUUUCUUUUCUUUUCGUGUCAAACAGAUGUAUGUAUGUAUGUAUGCUGGCACCUUUUAAUAUCAAUGAUCAAGGUGCAUUUGGUGAGAAUUUUGUAUGGGACACUCCAGUAAACCAAUAAGGUCCCCAUUUCCGGAGCAGGAUUUUCUGAUCUUGUACACUUCCUUACUGCGGCAAAUGCCCUAUUCUUGCUCGAACUGUGCCACAAGGUCCACCCUGUGAGAAAAUAAAGAUCUGAUAAAAACUGAA